AUGCUAAUCCAUAAGUUACAUGAUGACUCAGUUGAAUACCAGUUAGAUUAUUCAAAAUUCAUUUCACAUCCAGGUAUAUUGUUUAUAAAGAAUUUAUCUACAAAUUUGAUGUUUAACGAUGAAGAAGCUGAAGUUAUUACAAUUACUAAAGAAGAAUCAAAUCCAUCGCAUGUUUUAUUUCAGUUUUUGUUAAAUAAUUCCCUUUUCAGAUCAUUAAAUGAAGUCAAAAUCUUUAGUAAUACUUCUGGUAAUGAUUCGAUUAACUCCUCGAGUUUUGCAAUUGUUAAAUUUGAUAAUUACUUGGAUGUUGAAAUUUUGAUUGAAAAAUUCAAUAAGCAUACACCGAAUAUAUUUAAUAAUAAUCAAAACAUACCUUUGUUUUUGAAUAAAUACUUGAAUAAAAGAGAAAGAUUUCAAAAUUCAAAUUUGUCACCAAGUAACAAUCAAACUCCUGUAACCAACUCAUCAAGAAAUAAUAGUAUACCUUCAUCAACCUCAAAUAAUGAAAAUUUCAAUUUAAUUAUACUUGAGAAUCUAAUAAACUUUUUACCCAAACAAUUUACGAUUGAAAAAUUUAAGAAAUUUUUGGAUAAAUUUAAACAGUUCAAUAAUCAAAUUGACUCGAUAUAUUUUCCAAUUUUUGAUAAGCAACCACAGCAAGUGAAUGAAAAUGAAGGUUUAAAUGAUUCUACAAUUAACUGCUUCGAUUUUGGGUACAUCAAAUUCACAAAUAAUGAGAACUUAAUGGAUAGUACUUUAAAAAUAUUAUAUUAUUUGAACGAAUUAACUUGGGACGAUUUUAUGGACUUUGAUACUGAACGUGUACCACCAUUAAUAGCAAAUGAAGUUGAAAAGGAUGAUGCAAAUGAGCUUGACGAUGCCAAACAAAAUCGAAUUUUGCUAACGAUUGCUCAACAUAAGCACAACCAUUAUUUGUUUUCAUUUUUUAACAAUUUUUACUUGUCGUUGAAUUCAGAUUCAAAUUUGAAAACUAAAAUUGAAAUUACUUAUCCUAAUCCAAUCUAUAUAAUUGAUAACUUUUUCAGAAAUUUGAAUUACCAAGAAACAAAUAUUUAUGUAAAUAAUUUACCAAUAGUUUUCAACAAUGAUGAUUUGACAUGGGAAUGUUUCUGGAAACAAUUUGGUGCUAUAAAAUCAGCAAAAAUUAUUAAACCACAAUUUUAUCAUGAGAAUGAGGAUGAAAGUAAACUGGGUAAAAUUGGAUUUAUAUUUUACAAAAACUUUAAGAUGGCUAUAAAAUCAAUUUUAAUGACAAACAAUAAAAUCGUGAAUUUUAAUGAUAAAGAUUUGAACAAUAAAUCUAUGAAUCCAAUUAUAAUUCAAUCUUCUUUUGCAAUUCAAAAAUUGAACAAUAAUAACAGCAGUUCUGCAAAAUCAACAACAUCAUCAAGUGCAAACUCUACAUCCACAACACAAUCUUCAUCAUUUUAUCAACCUAUAAUGCCUUAUUUUUAUGGAUAUCCACCUAAUCCUUAUUUGUUUACUCAUCCUGCUCCAAUUCCUCCUCCAUCGGUACCAGUACCACCAAUCAAUCAAAAUCACAAUGCUAAUUAUUCGAAUUAUUUAAUGACUGCUAAAAACUUUCCCUAUUGUUAUUUUGAACAAGAUGAAAAAAAUUGA